GGUUGGAACUCUCGCCUGUCUAUCACCUGCUCUGCUUCGAGAAGCUGCUUUCACCGUCAAGUGCUUAUACGAUGGCAGAGGUUCAUCGUGUUGCAGACCGGAUCGUAUCCGCCGACAGUCCUCGCGACCCAAACUUCACCAACUUCGCCUUCAGCCCGUUCCUUCGCAAGACGUUCGGUUUUGGGCUCGCCUCGGAUGUUCCCGUCUGCAAGGCUUAUCGAGAAGGCCACUGCCCACUCGGGCCUAUGUGCCCAGACCGCCAUCCAACCCCCUCCCGAAUCUCUACGGCUACUUCGCCCGCGAUUGCUCCAUCGUCUACACACGGCAGCCUUGUAUGCAAGCAUUACUUGAAGGGGCUAUGCAAGAAGGGAAUAAAAUGCGAAUAUCUACAUGAAUAUAAUUUGCGCCGCAUGCCGGAAUGCCAGUCUUUUGCGCGAAGCGGGUAUUGCGCCAACGGCGACGAUUGUCUAUAUCAGCACGUUUCCGAAGAAGCCAAAUUACCACCUUGUGAACAUUACGAUAAGGGAUUCUGUCCGUUAGGGCCUUUAUGUGCAAAGAAGCAUGUUCGCAGGAAGAUAUGUCCUUUCUACUUGGCAGGAUUUUGUCCUGAGGGAAGAGCUUGCACGACGGGUGCUCAUCCAAGAUGGCCGGAGAAUUUGCCGAAACCCACGGUGAAAGUGGAAAAAACUGCGGAGGAAAUCGAGAGAGAGAAGGCUAGAAUCAGAGAGGAACAGGAGAAAGAGGAGGAGAGGGAAAGAGAAUGGAGGAGAGAACGAGGUCGCGGCGGGCGGUUUAUGGGUGGAAGAUUUCGCGGGAAGAGGCUAUAGCUGUGGUCGUGGGCUCAUUUUCACUAUUCGCUUGUCAGAAAAAAAAGCUGCAUGGACACGGCGUUUGUGGAUGAUUCUGUUGCGGAUUUUCAUUAAAAAGUACACGGUUGGAACAAGGAUCGGUUUUCUUGACGCUGUAUUGGACUUGAUGAUUUGAAGAUACCCAGCGGCGUUGCUUUUCGCAUUCAUGCUUUAAUUGUGUUCUUGUGUACAAAGUACUUCGUAUGUUUGUAGAUUUUGUAACACCAUGACCUCUUUAA